CCUAUAGGUUCGCGGGUCUACUGGUGUGACGAUGGGACCAAUAAAAUCGAGUCCGUCGACCUCUGGGGCAACGACAGAAUGGUUCAUCUGGCGACAUCGAUUGCUCCUUGGGACCUAGCAGUCGUCGACGACAGUAUACUAUGGACGGAUACGACUAAAGAUGCAAUUGGUGUAACAUCAACCGACAGUAGCAGCGGUUACAGUUUUUACUACCGCAGCACUUUCAAAGAUCUACGCGGCAUACAUGUGUAUCGAGAAGAAAUACCAACAACAACGGAAGUCAACCCUACUACUCACCAAGCUAAUACUGUUCGUCUCGUGAAUGGUAACGAAACACACGAAGGAAGAGUAGAGGUAUUCCACAACGGAUCUUGGGGAACCGUCUGUGACGACUAUUGGGGCAUAGAGGACGCACGUGUGGUCUGCAGAAGUCUAGGCUACCGGGAUGCCCUCAGUGCCCCGAGCCAGGCACGCUUCGGCCAGGGUAGUGGUCCGAUCUGGAUGGAUGACGUCAAUUGCUGGGGCAAUGAGACACACAUUUUCGACUGCCCGCAUUACGGUUUCGGAAAUCACGACUGCGGCCAUGGGGACGAUGCCAGUGUUGUCUGCUUGCCUAAUCAGGCAGACCUGACUUGUGACAGCGUUUCGAUGACCCUCAUUAUGGACAGAACCCUUCUCGAGAUCAGCGAAGACGCCCGCGAUGUCCAUUUCAAAGACGAGUCUUGUGUUGGAUACGAUCACGACAGUGAGCAUGUUGCGAUCACCACCAUGUACGACAGAUGUGGUACUACGCAAGAGCAACACGACAACUACAUACUGUUUACCAACAUGGUGACGCAUUACAAGCCUCGCCCUGAAAAUGGAACCAAUGAGCUACUUACCAGAGAACACUAUCUUCAUAUCCCUGUUACUUGCUACCUGGAGAGGUCACGGGUCUUGGGAGAGUCCUUCUUGCCUGAAGCAAAUCUGUAUCUUUUCGAAGAGGUAGGGUACGGAGAGUUCUCGCUAAACCUUGACCGGUAUACAAACCCAGGCUUCCACCAACCUGCCAACGAUUCCGGCAAAGUUACCCUCGGCAAACCGCUAUACUUCGGCGUCCGUCUGACGUCCGUCACGAACCUUACGCUUCUCAUCGAGUCGUGCUGGGCAACGGGGUCGCCGGACCCAAGGGACGACCACCGCUAUGAUAUCAUCGAGAAUGGAUGUGCCGUGGACAGCACAACAGUCAUCUUCAAUUGGGCCUCUCCAACUUUCAAGGGAUUUAGUAUUGAUGCUUUCGCCUUCAUUGGCGAUUACGACAAGGUUUACGUCCACUGCUCAAUCUUGAUCUGUGAUAACAACGACUCUGGCACCCGCUGCGCUCAGGGGUGCCUAGCCCGAGCUCGUCGUAGUCUGCAAUCGACAGGCUCACGAUCAAAACCUCAUACCAUCACGAACGGACCGCUCUCCGAUGCCUCACGCUCCCAAAGGGAUAUGUUGCUUGAUAGCGUUGAUGACGGACCCGAGUCUCAUGACUCCCUGAUGAUCGUGGCCGUUAGCGCCCUCUGUGUUCUUAUCGCUCUUACUGUCAUCAUGGUGCUGCUGUUGGUGCGCACGCGUCGUCCUCGCCCCGAGCAGAUUGGCUAUCGCAGAGUGGGUGUUACUGAGCAGGACUAAUAACGAGAGAGAGAGAGAGAGAAAAAAAGAAGAAGAAGAAAUCCCUUUGAUUGGAGUAAACUUACAAGCAUAAUUUUAAAGUGUCAUAGCUCCUCUUUGCACGGAAUCAUUUUGGAUAUUCGUUGUUUAGCUUGUGUUGAUAAAGAAACCUCUGAAAUGGGGAAACCUUUUAAUUCAAACAUCAAGAAAACUGCAAU